UCUCUGUUCAAUGUUCAUUUCUCAGAUCGCAUAAAACCAAACCAGAAACAAGAAACAAUGCCGUAUUUCUCUCGUGAUGGUGAUGAUGCUGUCGACGACUUCGACGAGUACGAUCCGACGCCGUAUGGUGGCGGCUACGACAUCGCGCUCACCUACGGCCGGCCUCUCCCGCCGUCCGAUGAGACCUGCUACCCUCUCUCAUCCUCCCCUACCGAUGACUUCGACUACGAUCGCCCCCAGUACACGUCCAACUCCGAGCCCUCGGCCUACGCCGACGAGGCCCUCGACACUGAGUACAGCAGCUACGCCCGAUUCCAGCCUCGACCCGGACGCCCAGCGCCCGGAGAGGGUGGCUACGAAGCGAGGCCUGAACCGGGUUCUGGGUUUCCUCCGGCUUCUGGAGUAAACAGGCCUGGGUAUGGUGGACCGCAGUAUGGAUCGGAGAGACCCGGAUCGGAAUACGGAUCUGGGUAUGGCCGAAAGAGUGAGCAUGAACAGCGACCCGGGUCGGAAUAUGGAUCUGGAUAUGGCCGGAAGAGUGAGUAUGAGCAAGAACCUGGUUCGGAGUACGGAACUGGGUACGGGCGGAAGAGUGAGGAUGAGCAGACCGGAUCGGAAUAUGCAUCUGGGGAUGGUCGGAAGAGUGAGUAUGAGCAGCAACCCGUAUCGGGGUACGGGCGGAAGAGCGAGCAUGAAUCAGAAUACGGUACCGGGUAUGGCCGGAAGAGUGAGUAUGAGCAGCAAACCGAACCGGAAUAUGGAUCCGGUUACGGGCGGAAGAGCGAGAAUGAAGAGACCGAACCGGGAUACGGAUCCGGGUAUAGCCGGAAGACCGAAUACAAGGCUCCGGAAUCUGAGUACGGAUCAGGCUAUGGUCGGAAAACCGAGUAUGAGGCACCCGGGUCGGAGUACGGAUCUGGGUACGGGCGGAAGCCGGGUUAUGGAGAGGAAGAGGGUGGUGGUGGGUAUGGAGGGAGGAGUGAGAGGCCGAGCUACGGGGACGAGCCACCUCCAAGGCCGAGCUACGGGGACGAGCCACCUCCAAGGCCGAGCUACGGGGACGAGCCACCUCCAAGGCCGAGCUAUGGGGAAGAGCCACCUCGAAGGCCGAGCUAUGGGCGGUCCGAGGAGGAGAGCUACGGGGACGAGCCACCUCCAAGGCCGAGCUAUGGGGAAGAGCCACCUCGAAGGCCGAGCUAUGGGCGGUCCGAGGAGGAGAGCUACGGGGACGAGCCACCUCCAAGGCCGAUCUAUGGGGAAGAGCCACCUCGAAGGCCGAGCUAUGGGCGGUCCGAGGAGGAGAGCUAUGAGAAGCCCAAGUAUGAGAGGCGUGAUGAUGAUGAGGAUGAGGGUGGGAGGCGCAAGUAUGGGUAUGGUGAAGAGGGUGAAGAGGGCUAUGGGCGCAAGAAACAUGGAGAUGAUGAUGGCUCUGAUGAUGAUGAUGAUGAUGAGGAGAAGCGCCGAUCUAGGCACCACCAUCAGCACCACCGCAAGAGCUAUGAUGAUGAGUGAUUGCAAUGCAGGUUGCCUUGUGAAUGGGAUUCAUGCCCUAAUGAGCUACUAAAUAAAGGGUGGCAUGACUUCGUUUGAGUGUUUUAAGUGGUGUUGCACUGGUUCAAGUCUUGAGUGCUCUAAACUCUAGACUAUUUGCCUACAUAAACUCGUUUAUGUCUCUGUGUGUGCUUCUAAAUAAAGUCCCAGACAUUUGGGCUGGUGUGUUUGAUCAUA